CAAUCGAUCACGGAUAUGCUUGGAGAAGCCCGGACCACAUCAACACUUCUGCCGGGAGAAUGCUGCGAGACUCCCGUACGCGUCAGGACCAUGCUCGGGAGCUCUAAGAAAGCCCAGGAGUUGACCAAGAUAGCGAAGACGUUAUACUACACGCACGGGAGUCCAGCUAUGAACAUGGCGCCAACAUUCUCCAUGUCUCGUCGGAUGUCGGGGCAGAGCGUGACAGACCGUCUGUCGGCGGUGCAGCACAGUAUCACCGGCUCGGCGCUGUGCAAGUCGGCGGUGAAAGCCACCACACAUGAAGUCAUGGGCCCCAAGAAGAAGCAUUUAGACUAUCUUCUCCAGUGCACCAAUGAGCCCAACGUGAACAUUCCACAGUUGGCUGACACCAUCAUCGAGAGGAGCACCAACAGCAGCUGGGUGGUGGUCUUCAAGUCACUGGUCACCGUCCAUCACAUGAUGUGCUAUGGAAAUGAGAGGUUCACACAGUACCUGGCCUCCAGAACAACAGUAUUCAACUUGGACAACUUCCUGGACAAAAGCGGGGUUCAGGGCUAUGACAUGUCUACCUUCAUCCGGAGAUAUGGCAAGUACCUGAAUGAGAAGGCUUUCUCUUACCGCAACGUGGCUUUCGACUUCACAAGAGUCAAGAGAGGGAAGGAGGAGGGAGAGUUACGUAACAUGGGCACAGAGAAACUGCUGAAAACUCUUCCUGUAGUGCAGCAACAGCUGGAUGCCCUGCUGGAGUUUGAUGUGACUCCCAAUGAGCUGACUAACGGAGUCAUUAACAGCUGCUUCAUGCUGCUCUUUAAGGACUGCAUCAGGCUCUUCGCCUGCUAUAACGACGGGAUCAUCAACUUGUUAGAGAAAUACUUUGACAUGAACAAGAAGCAGUGUAAGGAAGGACUGGACACCUACAAGAAGUUCCUCAUCAGGAUGGACAAAGUGUCCGACUUCCUUAAGACGGCAGAGCAAGUUGGAAUUGACAAGGGGGAGAUUCCAGAUCUAACCAAAGUAAGUCAGGCUCAAGCACCUGCCAGCUUGCUGGAUGCUCUGGAACAACAUCUGGCAGCCAUGGAAGGGAAGAAGGGCAAGUCUGAACGACCAGCCAACUUGCAGACAUCUGUGAACGCCCUGACUGCUACGGGCUCGUCAUUUGACGCAGCGGCUAUCCAGAACAACUCCUCCACCACCAUCCUAACUACCGUUAACGAGGCAGAGAAGCAGAAAUUCUUGGAAGAGGAAAACAAAAGACUCAAUGCAUUAAAGGAGCAACGGCUGAAAGAAGCCAACCACGUUCAGGUCUCCGACUUUGGCCAGCCUACGGAGCAGCGAAUGAAGGAACUACAGAACCAGAGCCCCCAGCCGGCGCAGGUCGCCGUCCCCCCUCCCGCCACCUCCACCAACCCCUUCCUGACGGCCUCCCCCCAGACUGCCCCCCCUGCAGCCACCACACAACAGCUGGAUCUGUUCUCACCCCCUCCUGCACAGAGCACUGCCGCUGCCGUCAAGCCAUCAGAUGACCUGCUGGCCCUCGACGUGAACCCAUUCCAACAGAUCCAGGCCACAAUAGCCCAGCAGUCCAUGGCCCAGCCCCAGAUGAGCGCCGCUCCUCAGAUGUGGGGCGCUCCUCCUGCCACAAAUAACGUUGGUACUCAGAACUGGAAUGGUGUAAACGGUGUCCAGGCUAACGGAGCGUUCCACCAACCACAGACGGACAGCAAGUUUUCGGUAGUUUGGAGCACUACUUCUCAGCCGUCCACAUCAGUGGACCCUUGGCCGGGUGUAGCUGAGUCAGACACUGGGAUGAAUCCAGAUUUCGGUUCAGCCUUUGGACAGAAUGCUGGGCCCCAGCCUUCAGCACAGCCAGCCGCAUUUGAUGGCCUUGGUGACCUCCUGACCCCGAUGCCGGCCAGCACGACCGCCGCUGUGUCGUCAUCUGCCCCCCAGCAGGGCAGCAAGCCGCUGAUCGCAGGAGACCUGGACAGCAGUCUGGCACAGCUAGCAGGAAAUCUCAACAUUGGAACCAGUGGAUUGAGCAAGAAAUCUCCUUCGGAGCAAUGGAGGAGCCCCUCUCCCACUGUUCAGAGGACUGACCACCAGUGGAAGCCCAGCACGACCACCAGGACGGGUGGAGCCACCUGGCAACCACAGAUCCUGUCCACUACCACCACUACCUACAUGGGGCAGCCUGGCAUGGGGCCUGGGUACCCACAGAUGAUGGGACAGCCAGGCAUGAUGGGACAACCUAGACCAGCAGGAAUGGGGUAUGGCCAGCAACCAGCAACGAUGGCUAGUGACCCAUUUGGUGGGCCUGUCCAGCGUUCAGGGGAGAAGUCCUCCAGUUUUAAUGAUCUGUCCCAGUUGCAGUUCUGAAGACAAUUGAUUCCCUACAUCUCUCAACUACAAUGGCAUCACCUAAUAAAUAAUAGUGAAAGAGAGACACACUAUGUGGCAUGAUGAUACGACUUAGUUUCCGUAGGAACUCCAGGUUUCUACCAAAGACUGAGAAGAAAGAAAGAAAUUAUGUACAAAUAGCAUCAAGAAAAUCCUACAUGCCAGUUCAACCUUCGUCAUGACCAAGAUAGGAACACCAUGUUUCAGUGGUGUAUAGGGCAACUGGUCUAUGUACCAUCAGCAAUGGUGAUCGUAUGAAAACAGGCUGAUGGUGGUACUACUACUGUACUGUACAACGAUCGCUGGUACCACCAUAUGAUUGCAAUGUUUUACUCACAAGGUAAUCAACCAAAAUAAAAUACUCUUUCGUAUGAUAACCAUUGCUGGUGGUAAAUGAAUCUGCUGUACAGGAAUGGUCAUAAAAAAGGUCAAAAGAUCACAUUAGAAAAGUUCAUAUGCUAAAUCAAAAUAGGUUAAAGGUUACAGGUCGUGUUGGGUCAAAGGUUAUGAUUGGGUCAAUAGGUUUGCAACAGAAGAAUUAUGAUAAUUGGUCAAUAUUAAAGAAGUGUUCAUUAUGCAACAGACUAUGAUGGGUAAAGGGUUACAGUUGAAGUGGUGAGUUGGAACAAUACUUUGAGAAAAAUGUCUGUUUUACUCCAGUUCUGAGAAUGAAUUAAUGAAUUCCCUCCCACACACCGUACGAUAGGUGUCUAUAUUGGCCAUGAUUUGGGUUAAGUGUAACAUGUAUAUUGUGAUGUAGGCAUGAUAUUUCCAAUGGCUGUGUGUGAGAGUAAGGGGAAACCGUCGGGUGGAGACAAUGUAAAUAAAACAUUUUACGAAUGACAGACAGCUCACAAACGGAGAAAUUUGCAUAGACCGUGAAGAGACAACAGUGUACGUGCAAGUGUCGCUUGUCUUGUUUGUGUUACACAGAAGCCUACACCAACACCACAGCCUAGCAGCAACUAGGAAUAGAAACAAAAUAUGGAAGCUUUUUAGUUACACGAUCGUAUUAAAUGGUGCUUCCACGAACGCUUGACUUUGAUUUUCCAUACCCUCAGUAUAUAAGUAAUUAAAAUGAUAAACUUGGAAUAAUUUUGCAAAGAUCCAUGUAUCAUAUUGGGUUAGUAAUAGUAUAGGUUGAUACCAAAUUUUUGAAAUGUUAGGUUUGUGUAGUUAAUAUGGAAUUAGAGUUUCUGCAUGGUACAUUUUGGUCUGGUGCCAAGUGGGGCAUUGAUGUGCUCUGUUAUUAUAACUUACUUUUUAGGUACACUACAGCGUGGCCUGUGGUGUAUUAAAAUUUCCUUAUUUUGUAGUCACAAUGUGUUAAAUGAUCAUAAGCGGAUAAUUAUUUUUCACUUCAUAAUCCUUCAUACAUUAGGCCACACUAAAUUAAUCCGUUGGUUCUCAUUUUUACCCACUUCACCUUUUUCUGAUUUGCCAGGAAAAAAAAGGUUUCAGGUUCUGAAUCAACUUCAAAGUGCUCAUAUUUAGUCCCCAACAGUUGAAGAAAGUCCUUGCCUUUCUAACUUUGUUACAAUUUUUCCAUCUUCCAAAUGUAGUUCAUUGUUUGACUUAUAAACCAACCUGGGAUGUUGACUUCACGGUUUCUAUUGUAGCACGUGGCCUAUUAAAAGAUACCUAGGCCUGAUUUUUUUUUUGCUGUCGCUUCAUAUUUCUUAUGAUAAAAACUUGAACCUUCAAAUUAAAUUGGUGUGGCCUUAGUUUCUUUUGACAAUCAGCCUACUGUGAAUAAAAUUGGAAUGAUCCUUUCCAUGGAAUGUCUACCUUUGGCAAGCAAUACUACAAGGUAACAGGGAAGCAAUUCUAAAUUUCCAAGUCUUUGCUAGUUGGUGUUUCGUAGAGCACUCAGUAUUGGACGGUUGUAAAAUAAUUCUAUGUUGCCUGUAGGAUGAAAUACAAAAUUCAAGGAAAGGUGUAGGUAACCAUCACUUAACGUCUAGCUUGUUAAAAUAGAUUUCAGGACGCCACGCUACUUAAACUUAAAGCUUGAUCUAUGCAUAAAACUUUCAACAAGUCACAUUUUAUUUCAAAUCGGUACAAUGUAUGUGAGCUGCUUAUACUGCAUAUUGAAGCUGUCUUAUUUGAAAGCAACAUGGUCAUUGCAACAGACGGUCAAUGGGAAAAUGACUGCCAUUCAAAUGGGCUUCUCAAUGUAUACUAAUGCUAACAUGGAAAAAUGCAGUUUUUUUCAGUAGAAAUUCAACUGGAUUUCCAGCUCUUGUCAAUGCUCGUACUGCCUUGUGAAGGCGUUGUUGUCUAAAGGGAGGCUUUCCCUUCGAUGUACGUACCAUGUUCUACACAACAGUCAUUUCAGCACCUUAGAAAGCACCCAUGCAUUGUGGUCAGAAAGAAAAAAAAAUUUGCUGCCUGGAUACAUCCGUUGUCGUAGGUUACAGAAUUCCAACUGAAUACUACAGACGUUUGGUGUAUGCAAUAUUGGCAUGUUACCCUUGUAUGAACGAUUCUAAAAACUGUAGAAUAGCUGUAAAAUUUAUCCUACAUGUAGUCAUGUAGAAAGUUACAUAUUGUGAGGAAAGGGGUAGGGGCACUGGUGUGCAUUUGAACCCGAUUCGUCCAUUCAUGAUACCAUAUAACUUGUGAUUAUGUAACACUAGUAAUGAAAUUCCUACUAGAGUAUGUCAUGAAAUUGUUCCUGAUUUUCUAGCCCAGCUUGAGAGUAUUAUUAUUAUUAUUAUGAACUAUAAGAGAUGAUGAAACCUAGACGAUCGUUGGGCAUUGAGUAUAUGUAGGCACUAUUGCCAUAAAAAUGGAUUCCGAAGAUGUUUUGAGCACUGAGCCUAUUACAAACAGAUGAUUUUGAGUGAUUGAGUUAUGGAUUAUUUCCUUUUAGGCCACAUCCCUGAUGUAAUGUUCUCGCUUUGGGAAUAAAUGAAUUUGUAUUCCAGUG